AUGCCAUUCGGGUUAAAAAACGCCGGGGCGACCUAUCAAAGGCUGAUCAACCGCCUCUUCAAAGAUCAGAUCGGCCGCAAUGUGGAGGCCUACGUGGAUGACAUUCUAGUCAAAAGUUUAACCACUUCGGCCUUCUUAUCAGAUGUAAGGGAGGUUUUCGGCGUUCUGCGGGACUCGAGGAUGAAGUUAAAUCCCAAGAAGUGUGUCUUCGGUGUCACCUCAGGAAAAUUCUUGGGGUAUCUGGUUUCCCACCGGGAAAUCGAAUCUAACCCCGACAAAGUCAAAGCCAUUCGGGACAUGUCCCCACCUCGGAACUUUGCCUGGACCGAAGAGUGCCAGGCUGCCUUCGACAAAUUAAAACAAUAUUUGCAUCGCUUGCCUACCCUCGCCUUACCUCGGCCCGAAAAAAAGCUGUACCUCUACCUCUUCGCUGCCGAAGAAGCUGUCAGUGCUGUGCUCAUCCGAGAUGAGGGGACCCAAGUGCCGGUCUACUAUGUCAGCCGAGCUCUCCGUGGGCCAGAGACUCGGUAUACCCAGGUGGAAAAACUCGUGCUAGGAUUGGUCCACGCCGCCCGGCGGGUGAAACCCUACUUCCUAGCUCAUCCUAUUUCCGUCAGGACAGACCAACUUAUUCGACAGAUACUGGUUCGGCCCGAGACUUCCGGGCGCCUCACUAAGUGGGCCAUCGAAUUAGGGGAGUACGACCUGUCGUAUGAGCCACGCACCGCCAUAAAAACUCAAGCCUUAGCCGACUUCUUGGCCGAACUCACCUUCACGGAAGGUCGAGAACCCACUUCUGCCAUCGCCGAAGUGUCCACCCCACACUUGUGGACGUUAUAUGUGGAUGGAUCCUCUAACGGGGAUGGCAGCGGAGUUGGACUGCUCCUGGAGGGCCCCCAGGGAGAAGUGUGCUCGUAUGCCCUCCGCUUCGACUUCCCAGCCACCAACAAUGAAACCGAAUAUGAGGCCUUGAUCGCGGGACUCCAACUAGCCCGCAGGCUCGGUGCACAGCGGAUCCAUGUCCGCAGUGACUCCCAACUUGUAGUAUGCCAAGUUCUUGGUGAAUAUGAAGCCAAGGAUGAGACUAUGCAACGGUAUCUGUCCAAAGUCCACCAACUCACCGCGUACUUCGAGUCUUUCGAAAUCCAAAGAAUCCCCCGCUCCCAGAAUAGGCGGGCUGACGCCUUAUCCCGGCUGGCUUCCACAUCAUUUUCUGACCUCAACAAGACCAUCUUAGUGGAAGUGCUGAGCGAGCCGGGAUACAUGAAAGAGGUGGCAUGCCCUGGAAUCCUUCCCGAGGGUCAAGCCGAGGCCAGAAAGAUACAACGCAAAUCUGCUCGAUACGCUCUCCGUGAUGGAGAACUGUAUAAACGCUCCUACCUUGGCCCUGGCCGAGACAAUGGGAGACAAUUUGCCGAAAACCCAUUUAAGACUUGGUGCGAGAACCUCGGCAUUAAACAAUACUUCACUUCGGUAGGCCACCCCCAGGCAAACGGUCAAGCAGAGAAUUUCAACCGAACUCUCUUGCAUGGUCUCAAGACCCGACUACACCGAGUUGGAUCAUCUUGGGUGGAAGAACUUCCCAGUGUCCUGUGGUCUUAUCGGACCACGCCGAGGUCAUCCACGCAAGAAACCCCCUUCUCCUUGACCUAUGGAGCCGAGGCAGUCAUCCCCGCUGAGAUCCUAACACCCAAUCCUCGGCUGGCAACCUAUGCCGCCGAGGUGAACGAAGAAGAGAGACAGUUGGAUCUCGACCUCGUCGACGAGAGAAUGGACAUUGCCUCAGCUCGGGUAGUUUCCUACAAGAUCACCCUGACCCACUACUACAAUGCCCGCGUCAAACAUCGGCGAUUCCUGCCAGGAGACUUGGUGCUUAGAAAAAACUCGGUCAACCGAGCUGAGCCGCAAGGGAAAUUGUGCCCAAAAUUGGAAGGCCCUUACCGAGUUAUGGAAUCUAAUCUCAGUGGGUAUUGCAAACUGAGUUACCGAGAUGGCUCAUUAGUGCCGAGAACUUGGUACGCUGAGAACCUCAAACUGUAUUAUACUUGA